AUGAAUUGGGAGAAUAUAUCAUCUCAAUUCAAAUUGGCCCAAGGUUACAUAGGAGAGAGCUCAAAGAAUCCACAACAAGCUAUUAAAUCAUUAUCAAAUGAUUUCAGUAAAAUGGUGCAAUCAGAAUCAUUUAAACAAAGUAUCGAAGGUAUAGCCAACUAUACACCAGCUAUUGGACAUAUCAAAGGGCUCUAUCAUUAUGGAAAGGGUCAAAUAGAAAAGGGCAAUGAAGCAAUGUUAUCUUCGACACGUACAUCAGCUGUUAUCGGAUUUGGUAUGAUGGGUGGAGCCUAUAUUGGAGUGGUUGGGGGCCUCAUGUAUGAUGGAACCGUUACAGGCAUAUCAAGUGCAAAUGCCAAAAAGUAUACACCAUAUGGCCUUAUUGAACCAUUAACAAAGAUCUAUACUGAAAAAGGUGGUGUUGAUAACUUUGUAGAGGCUGGCACUGGAAUUGCAAUGGAUGCAGGCACAGCUUAUGUGGCUACAAUAGUACUACCAACCGUCAAGAUACCAUCAUCAAUCUCAAAAGAGGUACUUCAAGAUAAUGCAAAAUCAUACAUUACAAAGACUGCAAAAGGUUAUGCCAAUCAAUGCAUACAAUAUACACGAACAAAGACAGAGAAAUAUAUCUGGAAUGCUGCAUUUGUUCCAAUCAUUGAUAACAUUUGUCACAGAUUGACCAAAAAGGAGGAGGUUCCAAAAACUACUAGUAUUAAUACUAACACCAACAAUACCAACAACAACAACAACAACAACAACAAUAUGAUUAAUAAUGAAACCAUUGCCAAUUUAAAUCCUUCAACCAUUAUUGUUGAUACUAUUGAACAAUCUACCAACUAA